AUACAUUCACUACCAAGCCAUACCCGCCAUUAAUAUUAUCCUUGUAACCUCCAUAACAAACAUAAAGAGGUAGUGUGUCACUACAAUUAUUUUUAAAAAAAAUGGUGGUAGCCGCAGUUGGUGGCAGAGGAGGUGGUGGUCUUGGAAUUUCAGACAUGAAGAGCCUAGCCGUCCAAGUCAUCACCGGGAGGUGGUUCAUGGUGUUUGCAUCAUUUCUAAUCAUGGCGGCCGCCGGUGCAACAUACAUGUUCGGCCUCUAUUCCGAAGACAUCAAAGAUGCGCUCGGGUACGACCAAACCACGCUCAAUUUGCUCAGCUUCUUCAAGGAUUUAGGGGCGAACGUUGGCGUUUUGGCCGGCCUAAUCAACGAGGUCACGCCACCUUACGUGGUACUAUCAGUAGGAGCAGUACUGAAUUUCUUCGGCUACUUCAUGAUAUGGCUUGCCGUGACCAAAAAGAUGUCCACACAAGUAUGGCUAAUGUGUUUGUAUAUAUGUAUUGGUGCUAAUUCACAAGCAUUUGCCAACACCGGAUCGCUUGUGACUUGUGUGAAGAAUUUCCCAGAGAGUAGAGGGGCUGUGCUUGGGAUUUUGAAGGGGUAUGUGGGACUAAGUGGUGCUAUUAUUACUCAAUUGUACCAUGCUUUCUAUGGGAAUGAUUCAAAGGCCUUGAUUCUGCUAAUUGGGUGGCUACCGGCGGCGAUUUCGUUCGCGUUUCUCCGGACGAUUCGGAUUAUGACGGUGAUUAGGCGGCCUAAUGAGCUCAAGGUGUUCUAUAAUUUCCUUUAUAUCUCAUUAGGCCUUGCUGGGUUCCUUAUGAUUAUCAUUAUAGUGCAAAAGCAAAGUGAUUUUAGUAGGGCCGAGUAUGGUGGGAGUGCAGGUAUGGUACUUUUCAUGCUCUUCUUACCAUUACUUGUUGUUGGAAUUGAAGAGUACAAGACUUGGUUGGCCAAGAGAGAGGCCUUGAAGAAUCCUACACCAGUCCAAGUCAUAACCCAAGAACCCAUCUCUUCAUCACCGCCACCACAGCAAGAACUAGCACCACCCAUUUCAGUCGAUCAAAAUACCGGAAACGACGACGUUUCAUGCUGGAAAACAGCUUUCGAGCCACCAAAUAGAGGGGAGGAUUACACAAUUCUUCAAGCACUAUUCAGUGUUGAUAUGCUGGUCCUCUUUGUGGCAACAAUUUGUGGUGUUGGUGGAACAUUAACGGCAAUUGACAAUUUGGGACAGAUUGGGACUUCACUAGGAUACCCAAAGAAGAGCACAAGUACUUUUGUGUCACUAGUGAGUAUAUGGAAUUAUCUCGGCCGGGUUGUGGCGGGUUUCGGCUCCGAAUACUUUCUAACCAAGUACAAAUUCCCCCGCACCCUGAUGCUCACUAUAGUCUUGAUUACGGCAUGCGCCGGCCAUCUCCUCAUCGCGUUUAAUGUCCCUAACGGACUCUAUGUGGCGUCUGUGAUCAUUGGCUUCUCCUUCGGUGCACAGUGGCCUUUGCUUUUCGCCAUAAUCUCGGAACUUUUUGGGCUCAAGUAUUACUCAACAUUGUACAAUUUCGGGUCCGUCGCAAGCCCUAUUGGACUAUAUGUUCUCAAUGUGAGAGUGACUGGACAUUUGUACGAUAAAGAAGCAUCAAAACAAAUGGCAGCAUUGGGAAUCCAGAGAAAGCAUGGGGAGGCAUUGAAUUGCAUCGGCUCGGAUUGUUUUAGGUUGUCAUUCCUUAUAAUCACGGCUGCGACAUUUUUUGGAACGCUCGUUUCGUUAAUUUUGGUGUUUAGAACUCGAAAAUUUUACAAGAGCGACAUCUACAAAAAGUUUCGAGAAGCAACAGCGAAUGCCGCGGAGGCGGAAAUGACUAUCACCCCUACCGCCACCACCACCAAUGGCAAACAAGCAGUGGAAGGUAAAGGAGGUUAGGGUUGUUUUGGACAAUAAUAUUAGAAAAUGAAAGGAUUUAUAAUGAAUAUAUAUAUGAUAGCUUGUUAUGUAGGGAUCUUGUGCUUGUAGCUUUUUGAUCUUUUUGUGUUUAUGUUAAAUGGCACAUUACACUACAUGUUAUGAUAUAAAAGGGAAAAAAAAGAAAAAAGAAAAAAAGAAGAAGAUUUUAUUACAAUUUUGGCAAUGUUGCUUUCAAUGAAGAAGAAGUCUGUCCAUUUCUUUA